AUGCCACUUGUUAUAUGUGGUGAUGGUAUGUAUGGGAAGGAUACUGUACAAAUGAGGGGACAUAUCACUGGAGUCACCGGUAUAUUGUAUAAAGAGCUAUUGAGGAGACAACGGACGUUUCUAACUGCUGUUGUUGGUAUUGCCGAAUUUCGCACAUCAAAAAUUUGUUACAACUGCAAGAGUGACGAUAUGGAAGACGUAAAAAUCCAAGAUGGCUCAAGACUCUACAGUACUAAAAUGUGUAAAACUUGCCAAGUGCUGUGACAACAUAAUGUUAAUGCCUGAAAAAACACUAUCACCAUUGUCAAGGCCAUCUGGAUUGGACAGGAAAGACUUGGCCCUUACAACAGAGGUCGCCGUACCCGAAGGCGGUGCUGUCAGCUCUUCGAAACAGACAGCUUAAAGAUAUUUACAUGUUUAGUAUAUUUUAUCUUGUCUAAGUAUGAGUAAGCCGCACAUUUGGCAUUGAGC